AUGUGGAAGACCCGAUUUGAAGUGAACACAUCUAAUGGUAAUAAUUUGACUCGUCAUCGUAAUCUUUCGUCUUCAUCUACAAUAAUGCAUCAUUAUUGUUCAUGGCCAACAUCAACAAAAGUUCGUAUUCGAGAUGAUUCACCAAGUGUUGUUAUCCGUCCAUAUCAAUCAUCAUCAAUACCGAAUCUUGAAAUUCUUACUGAAGAAGAUGAAGAUAUUUCAUGUUCAAAUUUAGUAAAUAAUGAUCGAACAAGUUCAAUAUCUAUAAAACUACGUAAACAAAGUUCUCAUCAAACUGUUAAUAAAAACCAAAGUGUUCUACCAACAAUUGUUGAAUCAAAUGAUCAUGAAGUAAUGAUUGAUAGUCUAUCGAAUACAAGUGAUGUUAAUGUUACUAUUAGCGAAUCAAUUAAUGAUAGACAUAAUAAAUAUAUGAUAAAAUCUACACCACAAGAUUCAUUUGUAGCAACAAAUACAAAUUAUAAUCAGGUUAUGAAUGCUGAUAUUGAAAGAAAAGAACGAACAUUGAAUACAAAUAUGAAUUAUGACAUGAGUGAAUUUACAUUUGAUAAACAUGUUAAUGAAAUUUUACAACAAAAAACUGCAAAAAUAAAUAAAUCUAUGUCUUCAUCAACAGAUGUUGACAAAAACAAGAUUUUCAUACCAACGACAUUUAAAGAUAUUAGUGCAUUUUUUGAAACGAAAUCAUUAGCAGCUAAUACAAUUCAUACGUUGGAACAAAAGAAAAUAAUACGAGCGAAACGAUCACUUUCAUUAAAGAGACAUGUGCCUAUAAAUAAAAAUGAUUUACCAAGUUUAGAAAUCAUUACAUCAGUUGAACCGGAGUCAACUAUUUUUCAUCAUCAAAUCAAACGAAUAAAGAAAACACACAAAUCUGAGUUUGAGUUUAUUGCUGAACAUGAGUAUACAAUUAGUAAUAGUCUUGCAAAACGAUCAAUCAAUUUCGAUAGUAGUAUCAAGAAAAUUGAAGACGAAGAUCGAUCAAAACAAUUACCAAUAUUAAUGAAUAACAUGACUUUGAAGAAAACUUUUUCAAAACGAUGGUUGAUAUUUUUAUUACUUAUUAUUACUAUUAUUGUAUAUUUAUAUUUAUCUAACUUAACAAAUGUUUAUAAAUAUGUAUUUCAAUCAAAUCUAUUUGUUUAUCUUCAAAACUAUCCAUUAUAUUUUUUUCCUCGACGAACUAAAAACCAAGUUGAUUUAAUAGAUAAAAAUGUUAUUUCUCGAUAUGGACAAUUUGUACGAAAUCGUUUUUUUUCAUUAUUUGACUUACUUGUUACAUUCAUUGGUGAAAAAUUUUUUCGUAUUGAUAAAUAUGAAUAUAAAAAUAGUAUCGUCUAUGUAGUAACUUCAACCUAUGAAAACAUAUACGAUUGGUUCAUAUAUUUGUUUAAAUAA